CUCCUCCCCCCCCUCCUGCUCCUACCUCUGGAUCUAGAGAUUCAGCCAUGAUGGACAGAGCUAUGACAAGCGGCACGGAAGGACAGGAUACAAUGGGUGUUCCAGCUGUACAAGGAGGACCAAGUACUACAGGCGGCUCGGGGAUGUUAGGAGACACAGACACGCUGGGAGGAGCACACAGUUUAGGGAACUCGGGAGCACAGGGAAGCCCAGUCACGACGAGAGGAGUGACUCAAGCGAGUGUGCAAGUCACUUUGGGAAGAGGCGACCCUGGAUAUAGGAUGAGCAACACAGACGGUGGUCCGGUAACACCGGGGGGGUCUGGGACAACAGGUGUCCAGUCCUCGUUGGGGGAACCAGGUACGAUAGGUGUACCGGGUACAAGGGGAACACCAAGUACGACGGGUGUUCCUGCUGUGAGAGGAGACCCAGGGUCAAUACAUGUCACAUGUACGACGGCUGUAUCAGGCAAAAUGGGCUCCCCAGACACAGGCGGAAUGGCAGGAUCUACAGUUGCCCGUGACUUUUUGACCGGCGACGGAGUCGAGAUAGAGUCUAGCUCUAUGGCGACGUUGAUGAUGACGAUGGCGAUUACCAUGCUGAUGUUGAUGACGACCACCAUGAUGCCGAUUCGAGCGGUAGUCGGAGCAGAGGGGAUCUCGACAGGUAAGAGAGGGACGGAGUCCGUUGCGGGAAGGGAUUGCGCACAGCAUGACAUCGGCUGCGACGUGCGAGGAGAGAGAAGGCUGCAGGCAGACCCCUCGCCGUCAUUCUCCAUCACAAACACUACUCUUCUAGGAGGUUCCCGAGUGGUUUUGACCGUUGCCGGUCUGUUCGGUACUUCAUCUGGUACCCUUGCGUGUUUUACAUGGGUCAGGAGGGCUGUAUUUACCUCCGAGAGGGGGGUGUUCUUCUUCGUGCAACACGAUGACUGCUGGAAUACGACUACAAAGAGCCAUGUCAAGGGGGGUCGGUCUCUGCACAGGGGUGAUUUGCGAGGCAUGGCCAACUCCGGGGACGCAGAGGGCAACUCCUCCCUCCUCACUCUACCAUGGACGUCGGAGAAUCCGAACGGCACUGCGGUAAUGACGGCUGAGAGCGGGGAUCCUCACUUCUUCUGGGGGUUCGAUCUGUCGCGGAACGAGGGGUAUCUUGUUGCACCCGUUGAAUGGGGGCUGGCAUUUAUCAGCAAGAUGGAUGGGUCCAGGACCACCUACGGUAUCCCCAAAUUCGGCGCUAAUUUCGGUGCGUUCAAUCCCAACCGCACGAUUCUGUACAUAGCAAGACGUCGCUGCCUUGAGUGCUCUGUCAUGGAUGGCGAGUCUCCCGACAGCUUCGUCAGCGACUUCAGAACUGUAGCAUGCGCUAAUGACAACAGAAGUUGGGCCUUUCUCUCCUUCGGUCAUCGAAGCUUUCUCCAAGAUGGGAGCUAUCUAUACGCUAGGGAUGACGUCAACGCGACAAUCUUAGGUUUCGACCUAAUUACCGGGACAUGGGACACUGUAACUGGGACCGAAAUACCUAAUUACGUUGCUGAUAACCAUAACCCGAUUGGGGUAUUUAGCUCAAGGGAAAUUGCGCUGACUCAAGAUGGGUGCAAUCUGUUCUUCGUCGCAUACGGGGGGACCAAUAUCAUGCGGGUGGCUUUCGAUAAACCGGGAGGCCACGUGGUCAGCGUUGACACGGUGGCAAGAUGCGUCCUUGCAGGCGGAUGCAGCGUCGGGAGCAUUGCUUUGGAUAACGAUGACAGUCAUUUGUACGUGUCCAUCCACACUGGGCAGUUGUUCGAAUUGCAAAUCAACAAGGAAGGACUGCACCGAUGCAGCGGUGCAUUGUCAACGUUCGCAGCACCGACAAGCAGUGGUUCAGCCGAUCCAUCGUCGUUGGAAACAUCGUCUGAGUCUUCAGCUCGUCUUCACCCGAACACUCUCUCGACUUCUUCGCCGAAGGCUGCCCAAACAUCACCCACUGGCACUGGCAGGGGAGGUGUCAGCGGUGGCGUGAUGGCUGGCGUGGUUGUGGCAGUUGCUUUGGUCGCUUGUCUUCUAGGUGGCUCUCUAGUAUUCCUUGUUUAUGGGUCUAGAAAAUCAGCGAUGGCGCCAUCUGGGGGUAUGACAGCAAGGUCUUCUGCUCUCGAACACCCCGUGGCGAAGUCUUCACGCGACUCUUCGGCUCUCGAGCGCCGGAUUUAAGUUUGCUCAAAGCAGCUUAUACUCACACUGGCACCUUUGUGGAAUGCAUCGGACUGCCGUUACGGCCAG